GUGUCCGGGUCCGGAAUCUUUCGAACUGUGUAUAAAAAGGGAUGCCCUGUCGUUUAUUUUUAAUAAUCUUUUGCGAGAUUUAACAUUUUCAAACUCCGCCUAUGAAGAUGGAUGUUUUUAGAAGUUGCGCCGUGUGUCUUUGUCUGAUAGGAUGUGCCAUGGCCGUUACGUACGACAUGGAGAUAAACCUGUCAACAGGGGUGGUGACCGGUUCCGACUCCUCUAUCUCGUGGUUCACCAGCCUAGUGGGUUCCAGUAUCAUCCCCUGCAGUAAACGUGGGGUGCUCAAGCUGACGUUUAACUCUGCUGGACUCGCCAAGAGGAAAGUGCGAAUCGACAUGACGUUCUCCAAUCCCAAGAAAUUCUCCUUCAAUAUCGGAGACUCCAGAACUAAUAAUGCUUGGGGCGGUGACUCGGGAACCCAGAGCCGAGACGCCGAGAUCCAUUCCUACAACCAGGGCAUGUACGUGUACAGCAACGACCACCACUCGCCGAAAGCCCACAAGUACGUGACAUCGACGUACAAGACCAGCCUGCAGUUCAUCAUCACCGACGGCAUCGUCACCUGGAACAACGGCGAAGGCUACUUCAACUCCAUCAUCAAAAACGACCUGUUCGCGCUGAAAGGCCAGUCUGACAACGAGGGCAGCGUCAACUACGACAUCUAUCUGGCGAUGAAUCGAGUUAUUUACGGUGGACGCAGGGGCAGUGGCUUGUGUAGUGUUGGAAUCAAGUGGCUCGAGGGAUUUUCCUAAUUUAAAUAAGCUGAUGAAAUAAGAAUAACAGCCUCUAACAAUUAACAGUUCUGUAGAAUGCUUAUAUUGUAUGUGUAUCGCUAUACAGACAAACCUGCGUGUUAAAUAAAACCCAAAAGAAAACAAUUAUAACUGGCGUUAUAAGCUAUAGACAACUUGGUUUGGAAAGUAUAGUAUUGUAGUAUUAAUUAUGUGUGUCAUUUUCUCUUUUCCGAUUAUUUUGCAAUACAAAUUGUUUUGAUGAC